AUGGUCGGAAUCGCCCACAUCUGCUGUUACACGGGAAAGAUACUAGUCGAUUGCCUGUAUGAAGAUGACCCGGUUUCGGGACAGCGCGUUCGAGUCCGCGAUUCUUACGUAAGCAUCGCUAAAGAAUGCUUCGGACGGAAGUACGGUGCAAAAAUUGUCAACAUCGCGCAAAUUAUUGAGCUGCUAAUGACUUGCAUUCUAUACGUUGUUGUGUGUGGGGAUUUGAUGAUCGGUACUUUCCCUGAUGGCUCGAUCGAUACCAGAUCGUGGAUGAUGCUUACCGGCAUUUUCCUCCUGCCAUUAGCAUUCUUGAAGUCUCUUAAAAGCGUUAGUAUGCUUUCGUUUUGGUGUACCAUGAGCCAUUUGAUCAUCAACGCUAUCGUUAUCGGGUACUGUAUCCUCUAUAUUGGUGAGUGGGGUUGGGGAAAAGUUAAAUGGAAUCUCGAUCUAGAAAACUUUCCAAUAAGUUUGGGUGUCAUCGUAUUCUCGUAUACGUCACAGAUAUUUCUGCCUACCUUAGAGGGUAACAUGGAAGAUAGAUCCAGAUUUGAAUGGAUGUUAAACUGGUCUCACAUCGCCGCUGCUGCUUUUAAAGCCAUAUUUGGAUAUGUCUGCUUUUUGACCUUUCAAAACGACACACAACAGGUCAUAACGAACAACCUUAGGUCUGCUGGUUUCAAGGGUCUUGUGAACUUCUUUCUUGUGAUCAAAGCAGUGUUGAGUUACCCUCUGCCCUAUUAUGCGGCUUGUGAUUUGCUGGAGCGCGUUCUCUUUCGAGGAAAACCGAAAACUCUAUUUCCGCCUAUUUAUGCUUUAGAUGGAGAACUGAAAGUGUGGGGUUUAGCUUGGAGGCUUGGGGUGAUUAUGUUUACUAUACUCAUGGCAGUCUUCAUACCACAUUUCCUAAUACUCAUGGGUUUUAUUGGCAGCUUCACUGGGACAAUGUUGAGUUUUAUUUGGCCGGCUUACUUCCAUUUGAAGCUGAAGGCCAAUCAGCUCGACAGCCAGACAGUCGCCUAUGACUACUUCAUCAUAGGAUUAGGUGUUUUGUUCGGGUUAAUCGGUAUGUACGACUCCGGUUCGGCUCUUGUGAAAGCAUUUAAAAUAGGGUUGCCAUUUUAA